UUGUGAUUCUGUGAAUAAUUUAUAACCGAUGUGGAGCUGAACCAGCCAUAGGCCUUCAUAGGGACCCUCUGUACCAGGAUCUUGACAGCUUUCAGACCAGUUAACUAGGUGAAACCAUGGACCACCAGAGUUUGUUAUUAAGUGGUCUUGGAGAACAGACACUGAGGAAGCUCAGCAUAUUUCUGGACAACUGCACCAAGAAGGGAUGGAGGAAACUGGCUGAAGUUAUUGGCACAGACAGACGGUUUAAGUGCAGUGAGAAGGAGUUGGAGAUCUGCUCACUGAAGGUUCUUGAGCCAGAUGGAAGCCCAAGCCGCUACUUUAUCCAGUUACUGGCUGAUCGUGGCUGCUCAGUGAGCCAUCUAAUCAGUUGUCUGCAUAAGAUGGACCAUACAGAGGCAAUACAGUGUAUAAUGUCAACGGGGUUGCUGAUGCCUGGCCUUACCACAACCCCGGACGCUCUUCAAAUCAUCGUACAGCCCAAACAGCAAAGUGCUAUUGUAGGAGACAGGGUCUCUCUCUGCUGCCAAGCUAUCGGGCCUCCAGGACUUGGCUAUCAAUGGUUUCGAGGAAAGCAUGAGGUCAAGGGUGGAAACUCCUCAGAGCUUCUCUUUAACCGUGUUGACCUUGAUGAUAAUGACUGGUAUGUCUGUAGGGUUCACUGUGGAACCCAGUAUUCAUAUUCCAAAUGGGUCCAACUCCGAGUUGCCAGCAGUCCAACAACAGCUUUUCCUGCAGCAGGUGGAGUUUGCUUGUCUUUGAGCAGGAUGCACAUUAUGGUGCAGCCCAGCUCCCUGACCCUGAAGGAAGGGGAUACCAUGGUUCUUCCGUGUUACGCCAUUGGUGAACCUCCACCAAAGUACCAGUGGUUUCGGAACAACCGGAUACUGCCUGAGGCAAAUGAACCAUAUCUGAAGAUUAAUGGAGUUACAACUGCUGAUCGUGGAGAGUAUUGCUGUCAUGUGUUCAAUCUAUAUCACGAGGCCUGGAGCAAGGUUGUUACUGUGGAGAUAGGACCCAAUACAUCCUUCAAUGGGGCAUUUUUCAUGGGCACUGAUGAAGGUUCCAGCCCAGGAACACAGCUGAACGCUUUCCAUUGGCCUGUCGAGUUCUAUGCAACAGACAAGGUGGCUCUGCUGUUGGGGAACAUGAAUUACUUACAUCACAAGCAGUUGAAGGCUCCAAUGGUGGAUGUGCAUGAGCUUACAAACCUCCUUCGUCAGCUCGACUUCAAGGUUGUGUCCCUCCUCGACCUCACCAGACUCGAGAUGCACAGAGCUGUCAAUGAAUUCUUGUUACUUCUUGACAAGGGAGUUUAUGGUUUGCUUUACUAUGCUGGCCAUGGAUAUGAAAACUAUGGGAACAGCUUCAUGGUUCCAAUUGAUGCUCCAGGUUCCUUCACAUCCGAACACUGCUUGUGUGUCCAGAACAUUCUACAGCUGAUGCAGGAGAAGCAAACUGGGCUAAACGUCUUCCUCCUUGACAUGUGUCGCAAAAGGAACAUGCAUGAUGAAAUCAUUCCGCAAAUGGAUGCCUUGAGAGUCACUGCAAAUAUUGUCUAUGGUUAUGCCACUUGUCCUGAUGCAGAAGCAUAUGAAAUUAGUCAAAGUGAGCUCACCAAUGGGAUUUUCAUCAACUUCCUGAAAAAGCGUUUAUUGGAGGAUGAAAAAAUCACGGUCCUGCUGGAUAAAGUUGCAGAAGAUAUGGGGAAGUGUGAACUUACAAAGGGGAGACAAGCAUUGGAGAUCCGCAGCAGUCUGUCAGAGAGACGGUCAUUGAGAGAUCUUAUUAAACCACCCAAACAUCAGGACGCAUAUUCAGCGAGGAACCUGCAGUGGGCCAAAGCUCAUGCUCUUCCAGAGAGCAGGUAUGUGCAUUUUGAAUGUGGAGUCACAGUUCGUCUGGGAUUUGCAGCUGAAUUUUCAAACAUUAUGAUUAUUUAUACCAGAAUCGAGCAAACUCAGAAGGACAUCACUAAAUGUGAAGCUAGAUUGGCUGAUUUUCCAGAGGACUUGGAUGUAGACCUCAAACACACAAACAAAGAAUGCCCUGAGGAAACAGGCAGCAUCCUCUUCACCAUCAAGAACUUUGACUAUCCAGAUAAGUGCCUGUACACCAGGCUGAGUGGCCUGCAGAAACUAAGGAAAGAGCUGAGCUUUUCCAUCUGUCUUCAAUAUCAGUAUAAAGAGAUGGAGGAUCCCAUAGAGGAGAAGAAAGUAGUCAGUAUUGGAAAACCUCUUGUGUCUAAGCUCAACCUGCAUGGAUCAGAGCACCAGAAUGAAUACAUCUCAAUUUACGGAUCAUUGCAAAGCUCUGCAAGUGAACCUUCACAGCUGUUAAUCCAUGAGUCAUACCUCACUCACUCCCCGUUACCAUCCUCUCUACGUUCCUGCAAUAGUUUGAAUGACCUUGAGGAUUACAGUAGUUUAUAUCGCUACAGGAAGAAAUCCACCCAGGUGCAGCAGAACCAGAGCCGACUUUCAGCAGAAACUGCUGGGUUGAUGACCAAAGAGACCAUUGAGGAGAUCACACUCAAUUUAAAUCUCUGAGUUCCUUGCACUGAUCUUGUUGACACACAGGCAUCAGGAGGAACAAUAUUGAAGAACUUUAUACCAGCUUAUUAAAGAAAGACUUUAACACAUUAAUUAGUGAGGGCAAGAGACUGAUUGUGGAACUCAAAGAUAAUGAAUACAAACAUUUGUUUUCUUGUGAGACUGUAUACUAUGUACUUAGCAUUUUGCCAUUUCCAGUUUUAACCAGUCUUUCUGACAAUGAACCUGUAGGUGUUCUGUUAUUUUCUUUCCUCAGGACAAGACAGCAAUGCUUCAUACCUGUCGGAUAUAAUGGGAAGGAUAGUCCUAUUGCUGUCAAUGGCAUUGUUGAGUAAUUCUAACAGAACACCAACAAGCACUGCUUGAAUCCAGCACAUGACUCACAGAUUCAAAUAGGAGAAAGUGAGGACUGCAGAUGCUGUAGAUCAGAGCUGAAAAUGUGUUGCUGGAAAAGCGCAGCAGGUCAGGCAGCAUCCAAGGAGCAGGAGAGUCGACCUUUCGGGCAUGAGCCCGAAGAAGUGCUCAUGCCUGGAAACGUCGACUCUCCUGCUCACAGAUUCAAAUGUCAGUCAAGACCAAGACAAAUACCUCAGCCAAUGAAAAAGAAAAUGACCUGCAACUUCUGUACCCUUUGAGGGAUUUUAUAUGUGUCCUUUUCAUCUCUUAGGUCUAAUAGUUUCCUUCAUUUCAUUCUAAAGUAGGUUGACUUUAAGGGACUAGUUCUGCUUUUGCUGCCCCAACUAUUUACUAUAUUACUGAGUCUGUCACAUUUAAUAGAUUUAAUCUGCAGCUCACACUGAUUCAGCUGAUCUCUGCCAUGCAGUGUUGGGGCAUCACAGUUGAUCUUUGAGCCCUGAUUUAGGAAAAACUGAAAUCAGUUGGAGUUCUUACUCACAAUCAAUAUCAAUCAAGAGAUCUUGGUUGAAAGGAUAUGUCUAUGGAUGGUAAAUGAGUAUAGGUUUGGACUGUAUUAUAAUUCAGCAUACAAUUCAAUAACCUUCCUACACUCUCCAUCUGGGCUAUCACACAGAGGAUAAUAAUUUUAAGCGGUUGGGUGGUUACGCCUGCACUUAGGGAUUCUGAACUCCAAGACCAGGAGGGAAGGGCAUAGUUGGACCAAGAUGGUAUGGAGGCAAGAUCUAAUGAGGAAAGGCUGAGGGAUUUGAAGCUGUUUUUCAUUAGAGAGAAAAGGUGACUUAGUAGAGAUAUACAAGAUGAUCAGAGGAUUAGAUAUGGUGGACAGUGAGAGUCUUUUUCCUUGGAUGGUGAUGGCUAGCAUGAGGGGACAUAGCUUUAAAUUGAGGGGUGAUAGAUAUAGGACAGAUGUCAGAGGUAGGUCCUUUACUCAGAGAGUGGUAAGGGCGGGGAAUGCCCUGCCUGCAACAGUAGUGGACUUACCAACUUUAAGGGAAUUUAAAUGGUCAUUGGAUAAAUAGAUGGAUGAUAAUGGAAUAGUGUAGGUUAGAUGGGCUUUAGAUUAGUUUCACAGGUUGGUGAAACAUCGAGGACCAAAGGGCCUGUACUGCACUGUAAUGUUCUGUGUUCUAUGAUCAGAAGAGUGGACAGAAUAUUCUCUUGUAACCCAGUGUACCAUUGGACUCAGGUUGUGAUGGUUACUGAGUAUAACAUUUACUUUUAAAUAGUCUUGAUCUGAAUAUGCAGCAAUUCCGAUAUUGUGGAGUUUUUGUAUUAUGUGUAAGGACCAUUUG